GGAAGAAAAGCAUUGCAAAAUGAGCAAAGAAAGCGGUGUUCUAAGGGCAUGGGAGGCCACGCUGCGCAAGACACAGGCUGCAAAAAAACGUGCCAACAGCCUCUUCGGCACGACAACAGUAGCCCAUGCAGAUGACGACGACGACAACAACAAUGAUGACAACGACAACAGUGGAAGUGGCACCAGCGAAAUAUAUCAUGCAGAGAAGGUUCUCCCCAAUGGUGACUACUAUACAGGCCAAUGGUCCGACAGCUUUCCUCAUGGACAGGGGAAGUACCUUUGGACCGACGGGUGCAUGUACGUGGGAGAGUGGUUCAGAGGCAAAACUAUGGGGAAAGGUAGGUUUAGCUGGCCUUCCGGUGCUACCUAUGAGGGCGAGUUCAAGAGCGGUUAUAUGGAUGGAACCGGUACGUAUACGGGGUCCAACGGGGAUACCUAUAAGGGACAAUGGAUCAUGAAUUUAAAGCACGGCCAUGGCGUGAAGAACUGUGUCAAUGGGGAUUGUUACGAAGGAGAAUGGCGGCGAGGGUUGCAAGAAGGUAUAGGGAGGUAUCAAUGGAAGAGUGGGAACCAUUACGUUGGAGAAUGGAAGAACGGAGAGAUUUGUGGUAAGGGUACAUUUGUUUGGACUAAUGGGAACAGAUAUGAUGGGUAUUGGGAAGAUGGGCUGCCUAAAGGGAAUGGAACAUUCAAAUGGCCAGAUGGGAGUUUUUAUGUGGGGAACUGGAGUAAGGAUCCGUGUGAGCGAAAUGGGACUUAUUAUCCAUCAGGGUCAUCCCCAGAAGCGAAUCUUGAAUGGGAUCCUCAAGAUGUGUACAAUUUUGAUUUGAGUGAAUGCAGGAUUUGUCCCGGAGAGAAAGUUUCCAUUUUGCCAUCACAAAAGAAGCUUGCAGUGUGGAGGUCAUCGAAGUCCGGGGAUGGUUUUAGGCCUAGGAGAAUGUCAGUUGAUGGAAGGGUAAGCGUAGGAGUGGAGAGCAGAACGAAAAUGUGGGAUGGUGAUGGGGAUGAAUCUAGUGGCUUUGCUCGUAGGAAUUCAAUGGCGAGCAGAGAUUUGGAGGAUGAUUUGUUGGGUCUGCAUAUCGAUGAUGCAAGGGGAAACCCCGGAUUACCAAUGAAAGUACCUAGGAAAGCAAAGCGACAAGGAGAGACAAUAAGCAAAGGGCACAAAAAUUAUGAGCUCAUGCUCAAUUUGCAGUUGGGAAUCAGGCAUUCUGUUGGAAGACCCGCUCCAGCUGCAUCCCUUGAUUUGAAGCCUUCAGCUUUUGACCCCAAGGAAAAAGUAUGGACGAGAUUUCCUCCUGAAGGAUCCAAGUACACCCCACCACACCAGUCUUGUGAAUUUAGAUGGAAGGAUUACUGCCCAUUAGUGUUCAGGACUUUAAGGAAGUUGUUCAAUGUGGACCCUGCUGAUUACAUGAUAUCGAUCUGUGGAAAUGAUGCUCUUCGGGAACUCUCCUCUCCUGGUAAAAGUGGUAGCUUCUUUUACUUGACCAACGAUGACCGCUACAUGAUAAAGACUAUAAAAAAGGCAGAAACAAAAGUGCUUUUAAGGAUGCUUCCAGCUUAUUAUAACCAUUUCCGGGCCUUUGAAAACACUCUAGUUACCAAAUUUUAUGGUCUGCAUUGUGUAAAGUUAACCGGGCCUAUCCAGAAGAAGGUACGGUUCAUCAUCAUGGGGAAUCUCAUGUGUACUGAAUAUUCCAUCCAUAGACGCUACGACUUGAAGGGAUCUUCCCUUGGCCGCACAACAGAUAAGUCCGAGACAGAGAUUGAUGACACCACUAUCCUUAAAGACCUUGAUCUAAACUUCAUAUUCCGACUGCAGAAGUCAUGGUUUCAGGAGUUUUGCAGGCAAAUUGAUAGGGAUUGUGAAUUUCUCGAGCAGGAGAGAAUUAUGGACUAUAGUCUUUUGGUGGGUCUUCACUUCAAAGAAAUAUCACCUACUGGUGACCUGAUUCCUUCCCAAUCCCGGACUACAACUAUCGGUGACUCCCAGGAUGAAGGAGCUCCAGCUCGUCUUUCACGAGCAGACAUGGACCAGAUUCUUCUUGAUCCAUCCAGAUGGGCUAGUAUUAAGCUUGGCUUGAACAUGCCUGCACGGGUGGAAAAGACUGUAAGACAAAGUGGUUAUGAAUAUCAGAUCCUCGGAGAACCAACCGGGGAGUAUUACGAGGUUGUAAUGUUUUUUGGAAUAAUUGACAUACUUCAAGACUACGACAUCAGCAAGAAGAUCGAGCAUGCAUACAAAUCCAUCCAAUACGACCCCACCUCCAUAUCUGCUGUUGAUCCAAGGCAAUAUUCAAGGCGCUUCCGGGAUUUCAUAUUUCACAUAUUUGCCCAAGACACUUGAAACAAAUCAAUUUCAAGUAGUUUUGAUUGGUUCUUUUUGUCCAUUAUAUAUGCUUUAAUUCGU